AUGGCAACCAAUACUGCAAAAGUAUUAGACCAGUGUAAUACUCUAGAACCUCGUCAACAAAUAAAGCGCAGAGAUUUCAUAAAAUUUCCUAAGCAUAAUAAUGCGAUCGUUUGUAAUACGUCUGCUGACAAGCAUCUUUCUACUUCUGUUCAUACACAUUAUCAAUCCAUUGGACCGUCUGAGCCUGAUAUAUCCCACAUAGAAGAGGAGUCGGAAGAUCAUAGGAAAAGGCAGAAGUUGGUAGUCAUAGCUGUUAUAACUGUUGCUUGUAUACUUUUUAUAAGUGGCGCUGCUUUAGGACAUCGUAUCAAUGACGACGACAACAAAGAGCCGAGAUGGAGUAAUGGCACUCAUACUUUUGCGCCAACUGUCAUUCUCAUUUCACUUGAUGGCGUUGUGAAUCACGAUCUGCAAUUACAUAGAACACCUGUACUGACACAAAUAGGCCGAGAAGGAGGAAAAGCAAAAUAUAUGAUACCAUCAUUUCCUCCAAUCACUUUUCCUAAUCAUUGGAGUUUAGUCACUGGUUUAUAUCCUGAGGCACACGGUAUUGUAGGAAACUACUUUUAUGAUACUCAACUCAACGACACCUUUUACUAUAAAAGUCCCGAUCGUAGCUGGGAUUCGAAAUGGUGGGGCGGUGAACCUAUAUGGAUCACCGCUGUCAAACAGAACAAGAAAUCAGGCGUCAUUAUGUGGCCUGGUUGCAGCACAGACUUCAAUGGUUUGACGCCGACUUAUUCUGUUGCCUAUAGUGACUAUGUUACAACAGAUGAGAAAGUAAACCAGGUAUUCGAUUGGCUUGAUCUGCCGUUAGAAGAUCGACCUCAAUUUAUUGGUGUUUAUGUCCCUCAAAUUGACCAGGCAGGACAUGCCUAUGGGCCCUAUGCGAAUGAGACAAUGACUCAAUUAUCGCUUGCCGAUAAGAGCAUAGGCCGUUUGCUUGAAGGCCUAGAGCAACGCAACUUGACUGAUAUUGUCAACAUUAUGAUUGUUAGCGAUCACGGUAUGUCGGCUACCGACAAGUCACGCUUGAUAUAUUACGACGACGUAUUAACAAAAGAGGAACUUGAUAUGAUUUGGCGUAUUGAAGCUGAGCCCACCUUGGCCAUUCGGCCACGCCCAUAUUUGAACGAAUCUGAAGCUGUAGAGGUGCUGUAUCAAGCCUUUCAACGGCUUAAGUUACACCAACGAAAAUUGAGUAAAGAUAAGAAGGCUCAUUUUGAAGUAUAUAAGAGGGAGGAGUUUCCGACUCGAUUUCAUUUCAAUCAGCUAGUCAAUCGUAUACCACCAUUGUUGGCGGUGCCUGAUUCAGGCUGGAAUUUUGUUACUCGCAAACGAUAUGACCCUGAUCGUGGGCUGGAGUAUCAACCCAAAGGAGUACAUGGUUAUGAUAAUCAGUCACCUGAUUCAAGGGCAAUUUUUGUCGCAAAAGGGCCUGCUUUUCGAGCAGGUGAACUGUUGGAACCGUUUUGGAAUGUAGAAUUAUAUAAUGUGAUGACGCGUAUAUUAUAUUUGAAUCCAGCUCAAAAUAAUAAUACGUUAAACGGUGUAUUAAAAGUGGCAGAGCAAGAAGAGUAUGACGAUGAGAAGUAG